AAAAGCGGAUUCGACAUGGAAAAUUCUCGCACACGCAAAAAGACCACAAUAACGCUUAACCGCACUCCAACGUUGAAGGAGCGCAGGUGGAACACACUGAAGGUGAACACCACCAAUGUGCGCUGCUCCACACCGAUUUUCGGCAACUUCCGUUCGCCUAACCUAUCCCCCAUCGAGAACAUGGGCACUAAGAAGAGUCCGGUAUCACCCAUGCGGUUUGCAAACAUCAAAAAGCCGCCGAUGAAGAUGCAUUCUCAGCAUUAUCAAAAAAAACACCAGCACGAGCAAAGCUAUCGCACUCAGCUUAAGCCACCGGUCUUUCGUUUACCCAAACCGCAGGAGGAGAUUGACGACCCAGUGUCGGAAAUUAAGAUCAAUAGCAGUCCGGACACCUGUUCCGAUGAUUCGAAUGUGGACACUUCGUUGACCCUGGAGUCGCGUCGCCGUUCCAUAACGGCUUCUAACCAUUCAUACGUAGUUAACCAUGCCGCUAAUGUGGAACAGAUUCUCGUGCACAUGGGCCUGGAGAAAUACGUGACCAACUUCGAGGAGGCCCACAUCGAUCUCGUGGAACUGGCUUCAAUGAAGCGGGAUGAUCUCAUUAAAAUUGGCUUGAACACCGAUGAGGACUGUUACCGCAUUUUGGAUGCCCUUUAAACUUUCUAAACGGAUCGCUGGCAGAUCCAAAUCAUCAUAGUUGCUUAAGGUUUUAAAAUGUUUUGUGAAGAGAAGCUGUGCUUAUGUAAUGUGGAAAUUUUGUCAAAUUUAUUGUAAGAGACCUGGUGUCUUAAAGCAAAACUAAUAUAUUAUAUAAUUUUAAAAUGAAAUGUAUUAUUGUAAUUAAACACACGGUCCGCAUCCUAAUUUUGUAAUCAAUUUUUUCUUAUAUUUAAACUAAAAACGUAAACUCUUCAAAAUUUGUGUUCUUUACUCGUUAAAAAUAAACAAAGAAUAAAGUAUAUUUUAAGGACAAGCAUUA